AUGCUCAAGAAACCGGGCUUCGGCCCCAAGGUCAAACCCAAGGUGGUUGCUCGUCGCAACGCGCCUCCUUCAGCAAAAUCCACCGAUUCAACUCCCGCCCCGACCGAGUCAACAACCUCACAACCUACCACAGCUGCCGCCACUCCCACAGCCGAGUCCGGUCCCUCGACCCGUCAGGUGUCGCCGGCUUCAGCUUCAGCUCAGCCUACACCCCCUGCAACUCUCCCAAGCGAUACGGCCCCCGAGAAGGAGUCUUCGAGUGUUGCCAAACCGGUUUCCAAAGAUGCCGCUCCAACGGACAAGCAAGCCCAACCUGCCACGAUCUCAGCUACAGCUUCUGUUCCAGCUCCGGCGCCAACUCCAGCCCCUACCGCAACGGCGAGUACCCCCGUGGAAAAGCCAGUAGAAAAACCAGUUGAGAAGCCAGCCGAGAAACCGACAAGCGAAAAGAGUUCGAAUGCGACGACCGCGACCGAGAAUCCGAAAGCAGCGGCACCAAGACAGACACCUUCCAAAGCCAGGGGUACACCGGCGGCGGUUAUUACUCCGACCAUCAUCGAAAUCACUAGGCCCAGAGGCAGAAGCUCCGUGGCGACAUCAGAAAUCAUAGCACAAUCUCCGUCCAGAGCUACACGCCCGACACCCGCGGCCGAUCCUUCAAGUACCACGUCCUCGGCCACCCCCAGUGGAACCUCGUCUACAGAGGCAGCUUCAACGCGUUCCAGCACAGAAACUACACAACCGGUUACCCAGUCCGAGAGCUCCACUGAGAGUCGAGCAGAGUCAAGUGCCGAGGCAACGGCCGCACCAACCACUAAAACUACCAAGAAGGCGCCCGUACCAAGGGCACCACGGGCUCCUCGAAAGCGCAAGGCGGACGCAACAGUCGAUCAAGCGGACAAUGAUGAAGCCGUGGCCGAAGCCGAAACGGCAGCGCCACCUCCCAAGAAGCGAACGCGGACAACAAAGAAAGCCGCGGCCGAGUCGAGUGCCGAUGGAGAGGAAGCGGCUGAAGGCGAAAGCGAAGCCGCAGUACCAGCUCCCAAGAAGCGAGCUCCUCGAAAACGUAAAACGGAUGCAGCAACCGGCGAAGGCGAAGCGGAUAACGAUGAAGCCGAAGGUGCAUCAGCAGCAACAGCAACAGCACCUCCCAAAAAGCGCGCACGGACAAGGAAAUCAGCAGCCGAGCCGAGCGUUGAGGGAGAAGACGACCAGGAAGCAGCACCCAAGCCGAAGCGGGUGCGGAAGCCAAGAAAGCCCAGGACAGAGUCGAACAACAUCGAUCCAGCUCUCCUGGGCGAUGAGGAGCAAAAUGAAGAAGCACAAGCCAACACCAAGAAGGGCAGGCAACAGCGCGAAGCUACCCCCGAAAAUGCCGAGCAAGUGCAGAUCGACCGCACCCAGCUAACCAUGGCCGAGCUGGCCAAGGACCUGCACAUCGGCAAGAAAUUCAGUCUACACGACGAGCUCGCCGAGCGCGAGCGCGCCAAACGACAGAAGUAUUACGAAAAGCGCAAGAAGCAAAAGCGCGGCGAGACCGCUGACGGUGACGGCGACAAUGCCGACGGCGGCGCCAGCGGCGAACAAUCCGCCUCCGGCACCCCCGCUCCCGGCGGAACCUCUGCUACCAACCCUGCUGCGUCCUCCCGGCCUGCUGCCGCCGCCGCCAUCGACGAGCCUCCUCUAGUCGACUCGUCCGUCGGCGCCAUCGGCGAGCAGUAUAUCAUGAUCGACGGCGAAAUCCGCCUCAACGAGCGCUCGCUCCAAGUCGACCGCCACGCAGCCGUCGACCAAGCCAACUACGAAGUGCAAGAAGAAAACGACUUUACGCACUUAACCACAUCAGCCACCUACCUCCGCCGCAACAUGAAACCGGGCCAAUGGUCCGACGAAGAAACCGACAAGUUUUACUCGGCUUUAACCAUGUUCGGCACCGAUUUCGAAACCAUUGCUCGCCUGUUCAAGGACAAGACGCGCAAGCACAUCAAGUUGAAAUUCAACCGCGAGGAGCGCGCCGAUCCGGACAGGAUCCAAAAGGCGCUGGUGGGCGAGAGAACGGUCAUGAUUGACAUUGAGCAGUACCAGCGCGACACGGGGCAGGAGUUUGAGACGGCCGAGAAGAUUUAUGAGGAGCAGAGGAAGGCUGAGGAGGAGUUUGAGGCGCGGCAAAAGGCGAUUGAGGAUGCCAAAGCCGAGGAGGAGCGGAAGAAGGCCGAGUUGCUGUUUGGGAAGGAUGGACAGGGAGGGGUGGCGGGGGGCAAGAAGAGGAGGGGGAAGAAGGCGAGGCCGGAACCAACUUGGUAG